AUGUCGGCCAUCAGCAGUCAUAUUAUGCGCCGGGGCACUGACCUUGCUGCCGCUCACUUGCGGGGGCCUGCGGAUAAGCCCAACACUGGGGAGCCCGAGGUUGGAGUGAUGAUUGUCAUUGCCGUCACUGCCGUGGUGUUUGGUCUGAUGUUCUGGGCUAUUGAGUAUACCUACGGCAUGGUGAUUGCGACUCUGGCCGCCGUCGAAGAUACCAACCCCGAUAUCUAUGUUCGCAUUGCUUCCGAGCCCAACCCUAUCAAACCCACCGAUGAAGACGAACCCGAGAUCGGCACUGCCACUCCCCUCAAGCCUAUCACCAGCAAGCUGCGUACUACAGUGAAACACUUGCGCUCCCGCGCUGGCUUCUGGUCGCGCUUCCGCGGUGCUGGCAUGUUCGUGGCUUACGCUGCUGCUCGUAGCUUCAUUGCUGGUCUGAUUCCUAUCCCUGUUACUUCCUACAUUGGCUCCUUCUUUGUUCAGUCCUUCCUGAGCGUUCUGUUCGCCACCUGGCAGAUGGCUUGGGUCCACAUUGUCAUCUCUGAGCCCUCCCCCAAGAGCUUUUACCAGCGUAUUCCCAGCUACAAGACUUGGAUUAAGAUUGCACCUGCCGCUGCUGUGCAGGAUAUUCUCACUGCCGCUGCUUUCUUCAUCCCGCUGGCGAUUGCUGAGUUUGCUGGCUGGCUUGACGUUUCCAACAACAAUGAAGUGCCGUCCUUGGUGGCCUUGUUCCGUUUCAUGGGCGUCCUUGUUGCCCCCGCUAUUCUGGCAUUCUUGAUCUCGAUCCCUGCUCGUGUCAUCUUUGUUCGUGUGGCUGCUUCUAUGCUCCCCGAGGAAGAUGAGACUAUUGUGCCUUUCGAUCGUUCCUUUGGUGGUAAGGUCAACCCUGCUAUCACCGGUGGCAGUGGCAAGAUUGGUAUCGUGGAUGCUUGGACUACCUUUGACUGGGCUGCUCGUGUUCGCUUCGCCAAGGUCGUUGGUAAGACCUUUGCCAUGGAGGUGGCGCUUGGUAUCUUUGCCUCACUUGUGCUCGGUGGCCAGCUCAUUUGGGCGAUGAAGACUGCCAAGCCUGUCAAGGAUAACUCUCCUGCAUUCUAA